CCUUCCUGCCCUGGGAGCAGCCUGAGCUCUGUCACCCCUUGGGAAAAGGCUUGCUUGGCAGCCAUUCUGUUGGAAAGGAAGCCAUUUAUGCCCACCCACCCUCGCAACCCCAGGGUAGGGAGGAAGCCAGUCAGCAGAGUUUCUGUGCAGGAGAAACUCCCUGAGGGACGCUCUCCUGGCUGAGUGUGGCAGCUCACCAGUGGCUGCGUCCCCAGCAGUGUUCUCUCUAACAGGGAUUCCCAGAUGUUGUCCACUACAACUCCCUGCAUCCCCAGCUGCAAUGGCCUUUGGCUGGGGAUUCUGGGAGUUGUAGUCAGCAGCAUCUGGAAAUUCCUGCUAGAGGGAACACUGGUCCCCAGCAGCACAGCAAGGAGCAGAUUGUGGAUUGGGUCGUCCAGGCGCAGUGCCUGCUUCUGGUGCCCACAGAUGUGCAGGCCUGGGUGAGAGCAAAAGAGCCGUGCAGCAGAGAGGAGGCAGAUCAGCUGGCUGAGGCUUACCUGCAGGAGCAAGAGGCUGCCAAGACAGCUCAGAUGCCGAUUACCUUUGAGGAUGUGACUGCGUCUUUCACUGAGAAAGAGUGGCCUCUUCUAGAAUCUGAAGAGAAGGCUCUUUACUGGAGCAUCAUGCAGGAGAAUUAUGAAAACGUUGCCUCCCUAGGAUUUCUGAAACCUGAAGCCGAUGCGAUGUGCCCAGCAGAAGGAAGGGAAAGCUGGGAGACCUUUCAUUUCCAGGGCCCUGAAAAAGGAAUAAAAGCAGAAAGCAGCUUCUCAGCAGGCAAUGAUCCCGUCCCAGAGAAUCCAAGGAUGCCCUCUCCACACAAAGACCCUGAACCACUGGCAAGGCAAAGAGUGUUAUGGGAUCAACUGGAGGGGAAUGUUUUCCAGGAUCCUCAGAAGGCAGAAGCCAGAGAGAAUCAGCAGCUGACAGAGGCUCUUCCUGAAGGCUGCAUCAUGAAGCAGGAGGAAAAGCUCCUUGCUACAGGCUUUAAAGACCCGCCACAAGCUGUCUCAACUCCUCCCAAAAUUGAGCCACAGGAAACCCAUCUCAUCUGCACUGAAUGUGGGAAAAGCUAUCACUCUUUUAUGGCUUUUACUAAACAUCACAGAACCCACAAGGUGGAAAAACACUACAAGUGCCCUGUCUGUGAAAAGAGAUUCAAUCGGAGCUCUGAUCUUAUCACUCAUCAGAGAAUCCACACUGGUUUGAAACCAUUUCAGUGCACCGACUGUGAGAAAAGCUUCAACAACAAGUCAACCCUUACUAAACACCGGAGAACUCACACUGGCGAGAAACCCUAUGUGUGCCUUGACUGUGGCAAAGGCUUCACUCAAAGCUCAAACCUUAUUAAGCACCAGAGAAUCCAUACUGGAGUGAAGCCAUUCAGCUGUCCUGAUUGUGACAGAAGCUUCACGCAAAGUUCACAACUAAUUGACCAUCGGAGAAUCCACACAGGAGAAAGACCCUACAAGUGUCCUGACUGUGGGAAAGGCUUCAGCCUGUGCUCUAGUCUCAUUAUACACCACAGAAGUCAUACUGGAGAGAAACCAUUUGAAUGUCCUGUUUGUGAAAAAGGUUUUAGCAGCAGGUCUACACUUAUUAAUCAUAGAAGAAUCCACACUGGGGACAAGCCUCAUAAAUGCCUUCACUGUGGCAAAUGCUACACUCAAAGUUCAAGUCUUAUUAUCCACCAAAGGACACACACAGGAGAAAGGCCUUAUAAAUGCCCUAAGUGUGACAAAUGCUUCAGCAUAAAGUCACAUCUUCUUGAACAUCAAGGAUUUCUGAAACCUGAAGCCGAUGCGAUGUGCCCAGCAGAAGGAAGGGAAAGCUGGGAGACCUUUCAUUUCCAGGGCCCUGAAAAAGGAAUAAAAGCAGAAAGCAGCUUCUCAGCAGGCAAUGAUCCCGUCCCAGAGAAUCCAAGGAUGCCCUCUCCACACAAAGACCCUGAACCACUGGCAAGGCAAAGAGUGUUAUGGGACCAACUGGAGGGGAAUAUUUUCCAGGAUCCUCAGAAGGCAGAAGCCAGAGAGAAUCAGCAGCUGACAGAGGCUCUUCCUGAAGGCUGCAUCAUGCAGCAGGAGGAAAAGCUCCUUGCUACAGGCUUUAAAGACCCGCCCCAAGCUGUCUCAACUCCUCCCAAAAUUGAGCCACAGGAAACCCAUCACAUCUGCACUGAAUGCGGGAAAAGCUAUCACUCUUUUAUGGCUCUUACUAAACAUCACAGAACCCACAAGGUGGAAAAACACUACAAGUGCCCUGUCUGUGAAAAGAGAUUCAAUCGGAGCUCUGAUCUUAUCACUCAUCAGAGAAUCCACACUGGUUUGAAACCAUUUCAGUGCACCGACUGUGAGAAAAGCUUCAACAACAAGUCAACCCUUACUAAACACCAGAGAACUCACACUGGCGAGAAACCCUAUGUGUGCCUUGACUGUGGCAAAGGCUUCACUCAAAGCUCAAACCUUAUUAAGCACCAGAGAAUCCAUACUGGAGUGAAGCCAUACAGGUGUCCCGACUGUGAGAAAAGCUUCACGCAAAGUUCACAACUAAUUGACCAUCAGAGAAUCCACACAGGAGAAAGACCCUACAAGUGUCCUGACUGUGGGAAAGGCUUCAGCCUGUGCUCUAGUCUCAUUAUACACCACAGAAGUCAUACCGGAGAGAAACCAUUUGAAUGCCCUGUUUGUGAAAAAAGUUUUAGCAGCAGGUCUACACUUAUUAAGCAUAGAAGAAUCCACACUGGAGACAAACCCUAUGAAUGCACCAGCUGUGGAAAGACUUUCACUCAGAACUCUAGCCUUAUUGCACACCAAAGAAUCCACACAGGGGACAAGCCUCAUAAAUGCCUUUACUGUGGCAAAUGCUUCACUCAAAGUUCAAGUCUUAUUAUCCACCAAAGGACACACACAGGAGAAAGGCCUUAUAAAUGUCCUAAGUGUGACAAAUGCUUCAGUAUAAAGUCACAUCUUCUUGAACAUCAAGGUAUUCACAUGGGGAAGGAAAUACCUUUUGAGUGCUCUAAAUGUGGCAGAAACUUCAGUGCAAAUUCCUACCUGAAAUUGCACCAGAGAUCUUGUUUUAAGCAGGAAUAGCAACCAACUUUACCUGCCUCCGAGGACCACACUUGAUCCAUUAAAAACUUGCAAGAUAAUUGGCUAUUAUUAAUUUCUGUCCAUAUAAUCAGAGCUAACUAUUUCUCUAUAAAUCCCAAUAGUGAUAUACCUGGAGAUUCAAAGUUUGAAUAACACAAGUCACUUCCCACCCAAAUCUUUCAUCUCCCCAAAAGCUCUGGAGCAUGAAAGUCUCAUGGAGCCCUUUUUAAUAUUGAAGUUAUUGUGCAGAGUUAAAAGGGCAAAGGGCAGACCCUAUACAGUAUUAAUCUGUGAGUGGAAUUCCUGGGGAUGGGGCCGUUGUUCAAUGGUAGAGCUCAUGUUUUGCAUGCAGAAGGUCCCUCUUUCCUUGGCACCUCCAGGUAGGCUGGGAACUAUCCGCCUGAAACCCUGCAGAGCCGCUGACCAGGGAUUCUCAACCUUGGGGUUCCCAGAUGUUACUGGACUUCAGUAGGGGUGUGCACGGAACCGCGGAGCUGCGG